CAAUGACGGCGCGAGUGUGUGUGUAUGUGUGUGUCCACCUGACUGCUUCUGUGUCACACUUGCAGAGAGAGGAAGGAUACCUGGACCAAAAACUUCACUGUGCUCCUUAAAAAAGAGCCAGUGCCUGAACCUUCCACAUCAUCUUCCGUCUCACUUUCUCCUCCUCUGUGGCUAUUUAAGCUCCUCUCUCCUUGUUCCUGAUCUCCACCUGGCCUCCAUGAGUCUAACUGAGGACGAGCAAAACCUCCCUGAAGGAUGGGAAACGCUUCGGACACGUCUCCUGUCUUUGUCUCCACCAUCUCAAAGGAGAAAGACAUCCUCAUGGGGGCCAUCUACAGCGUCUUCUGUGUGCUGUCCCUGCUGGGCAACUGCACUCUCCUACUUGUUGCCUAUCACAAGAGGUCGACUUUGAAGCCUGCAGAGUUCUUCAUCAUCAGUCUAUCCAUCAGCGACCUUGGAAUGACACUCACUUUAUUUCCACUGGCAAUACCCUCGGCUUUCUCUCAUAGGUGGCUUUUUGGCGAGACUGUCUGUCAGAUAUACGCCACCUGUGGCGUUCUGUUUGGCCUCUGCAGCCUGAGCAACCUCACAGCUCUCUCUUUAGUCUGCUGCCUCAAAGUCUGCUUCCCUAAUCACUGUAACAAGUUCUCUCCAUCACACGCCCGCCUCCUAGUGGCAGGUGCCUGGUGUUAUGCAAGCAUAUUUGCGGUGGGGCCCCUGGCUGAGUGGGGGCACUACAAAGCCGAGCCUUACGGCACCGCCUGCUGCAUCGACUGGCACGCACCAAACCACGAGUCAACGGCCAUGUCUUACAUUAUCUGCCUCUUCCUCUUCUGCUACGCGCUGCCCUGCGCCGUCAUCUUCCUAUCCUACACGUUCAUCCUGAUGACGGUGCGGGGGUCACGCCAAGCCGUCCAGCAGCAUGUGUCACCGCAAACUAAGACAGCCAACGCACACAGUCUUAUUGUCAAGUUGUCGGUAGCAGUGUGCAUCGGCUUCCUGGUAGCCUGGUCCCCGUAUGCUGCUGUCGCCAUGUGGGCUGCUUUCGGGGACGCCACCCAGGUCCCUCCGACGAUGUUUGCCUUAGCCGCAGUCUUCGCCAAAUCCUCCACCAUUUACAACCCCAUUGUCUACCUGCUUUGCAAACCGAACUUUCGCAAAUGUCUCUCACGAGACGCCUCGAGACUCCGGCAGAAGAUCUACAAAGCGAGUCCCCAGUCAGACCCGAAAGAAUGUCUGGGAUCCACAUCGCAGCGCAACCGGGACGUAAGCAUCUCGACCCGCUGCUCGUACGGACAGCCAGAGAGCUACGGGGCGUGCCACCACUGCACUGACAACACAACUCUGUGUCACAUGACCACACCCCAGAGGACUGCCUGCAUACUGACUGGUACGACUCACCAAGAGGUGAGGGUCACCCAGCUCUCUGCCCAGCCACAGACGGACUUUCUUUGAAGAGGAACCAACAGCCAAGUGAUGAAGCAACUGAGUCUUUCACUUUGAAAAAGCGUGACUCGCAAAAGUUCUUUAAGGUCAUCGGUUUACCAGCGUUGAACGGAGCUGGUUGAUACUUUCAGAUGGCUUCAUCAGAAGAAAGAAAAUAGACAUGUAAAUUUGUGUUUAUGUAAUAUUUGUGUGGCUUGAUACGGUUUACAAGUGAAUGGCUGUUUCUUGAGCUGGAUACUAAAGGAGACGUCUACGGGGCAAACCCUGCUGGCUGGGAAUUGAACACAGCGUGAAGUCAGUAAUGUGACAGUCACAACUGCAACACAGUGGAGUCGAUCAAGUAUUCAGCAAAUGUGAUCAGAAACUCCUUGAGGGUCCAUGAUGACCUUGUCGGAAAAUUAAUUGAGAAGUAUUAAAUCAAACUGAUGGCUGUUGUUUCCUUGUCAGGACAAAACAGACAAUGUCGAAGUUUACAACUGCCAGCAUUUGAUAUGGAUGGCACGGAUCCCGAUGAAUCUCCUGUGUGUUGGUGGACGACUGUCCCCACUAUGUUGACCUUCACAAAAAACCCAUUUGGACAUGAAGGAAAUGGACUCUUUGAUUCAGUGUGUAAGCUGGAGCUAUGCACUACCACUAUUCAUUUCGUUUAUUGGAACUCAGUGAGAUUUCAACAUUUUCCAUGAAGCACUGGCAUGUGACUUUCAAAUUACUGAGGGCACUUUGACUUGUGAAGUUGAGAACAUGCGUGAUGUGACAAUAUUAUUCCAUAUAAGAACAGGAAAAAUAUGUAUCAUUGGUACUGUUAAUAAU